AUGAUGAAAGCUGGUGAAGUUGAAUUCUAUUUACACAAAAAUGAUACCAUGGGUGCAUUACAAACACUUGGUGAAAUAAUUCAAGAAUUGAUGUCCCAAAAUGAUUGUGUUCAUGAUGAAAAAUUGAAAGAUAUGUUAAUAAUGAGCUGUAUUAAACGUAUCAAUAUUAAUUUUAAAGAAAAAAAACUAUCACGUGCAUCAAUAGCUAGUCUAUGUAGAGAGACAAUAACUGUCGAAUUAAAAAACUUUAAAAUAAAUUCUAAUGAAAUGGAAGCUGGAAAAGAAAAUGUUGGUGUAGAUUUUAAUACAAAACCAAUGUUUUCAAAGUAUUAUAUAUAAUACAUGAAUUAAUUUCUUUUUUUCUUUAAUUUUAGAGAAGUACAAAAACUAAUAAAAACUAAAAAAUAAUUUCACAUUAUAAUUGGCAUCUUCGUUAUCAAAAUCAUAAAAACGAGAUGUUGUUAUUCAUUAUUUCAUUGGUAUUUACACUAUUAUGGUCUUCUUUAUUAACAUUCUAAAUGGUUUCAUUUUGAAUUUGUUUACAUGAAUUAUAACCGUUUAUUUAUCAACAAUCUCAAUGAUCUUAUUUCAUCGGUUUUUGCUAAUGAGUUUCUUUGAUGAAUAUAUGUUGUUAAUGUGUAUAUUGUCCAUAAUCGAUUAUUAAUUUCACAGUUUAUAUAUGGGUGCGAUCAACUGGGAGGGGACCCAAUUUCGAUACACUCCUAUUGUACGGAUAAAACAUACUAUUGUUCGGGUCAUAUAAGAGAGGAUCCUAGAUAACCCUGGAU